AUGGUUAGGGAUGAGGAUGAGCAUACUGGAAUACCACAUCAACUGACACUGCCACAGCCAAAAGACACCGCUUCACUGCCAAAGUUGAACAGAGUGCUAGGUAGGAGGGCAGGAGUAAGAAAAGAAGAUAUAUUCCGUUGGUGUAGAGAAAAGGAGAUAAAUGUGGAAAGCAGUUUUGGAUUAACUGGAAAUUUGACUGAUGCAAGCGAUGAUAGUAUCAUUAAUUCAGUCAAGUUUCUGUAUGGAGUUAGCGAUCCAUGUAUUGUGGAUAAAUGGAAAGGGUUAAAUGGUAAUAUCACCGCUGUGUUAAUCAACAAUAAGAACUUGCUAGACCCAGUGUUGCUUCCAAGUAUGGUGGUAGUGGAGGGAGUACCUGGGUGGAAAGUACAUGUGGUAUGGCCGGAACGGAAAAGCAGCGGGACCGGAACAGAUAUCCCGUGUGAAGAACUGGGUACUGGGGAGCCCAAUAUAUUAGUUACGGGGGACCCCGUUAUUCCACCCUUGACUGAUACCGAGGUACCCCAUCAACGGGAGGAUGCAAUAGAGAGUCAAGUGGAUACAGUAGUGGGCAAAAUGGUUAGUCAUUUGGAAAGAUGGCACUUUGAAGGGGGAUAUCGACGCCUUAGGAUAUUUUCAGGAAUCACCCCUAUUCCAGCUGGAGAGGAGACUUACGAAUUGUGGAGGGAGGCGGCCACCCAACAUUCAGAAGAAUGGCAAUGCCCUGACCAUGUCAAACGCCAGAGGGUGGUGGAAAGUCUGAGGGGGCCAGCUAUGGGGGUAAUUCAAGCUACCAGAAGAAGCAACCCAACAGCCACCUUGAAAGACUAUCUGGAGGCAUUGGACUUUUCUUUUGGCACCAUGGAAGAUGUCAGGGAUUUGUUAGCUCGACUGAACCAUACUUAUCAAGAUCUGGGAGAAACAUAG